AUGACGGUAUCCGAGCCAUUGGACUUUACAACCUAUUUCAAUGUCAUUAACAACCAACUGACUUCGACUUCACAAACACGACACGGAGUCAACCCCGCCAACACUCAACCCAACCCACCCGUCCCAGUCUCAACCCAAGAUGAUCUUGACAAGGCUGUGAAAUCCGCCAGAGCAGCCUUCAAGUCCUGGUCCAAGACAUCCUUCGAUGAGCGUCGAAAAGCCCUGCUCGCCUGGGCCGAUGCUAUCGACGCCAAUGCAGACGGCUUCGCAAAGACCCUAACAAUGGAGCAGGGCAAGCCUUUGACACAAGCAACCGUCGAAGUUGGAUUGACGGGCAUCUGGACCCGCGGCCUUAGCUCAAUCGAAAUCAAGGGGAAUGUCAUCGAAGAAACCGAUGAUCGUAAGGUCAUUCAGCGUUAUACACCAAUGGGCGUGGUGGGGGCCAUCGUCCCCUGGAACUACCCCGUUCUGCUGGCCGUGGGCAAGAUCGUUUCUGCUGUGUAUACCGGAAACACCGUUAUCGUGAAACCGUCUCCAUUCACACCAUACUGUGACUUGAAACUUGUGGAGUUGGCAACCCGAUUCUUCCCCCCUGGAGUUGUGCAGUGUCUCAGCGGUGACGACUCCCUCGGCCCCAUGGUCACCGAACACCCAGGCAUCGACAAGAUCAGUUUCACCGGCUCGAUCAUAACAGGAAAGCGGGUGAUGGCAUCCUGCGCGAGGACACUCAAGCGAGUAACCCUCGAACUAGGCGGAAACGACCCCGCAAUCAUCUGCGAAGACGUCGAUAUCGACACCAUAAUCCCAAAGAUCGGUAACCUCUCCUACCUCUGCAGUUCCCAAAUCUGCAUGAUGAUCAAGCGACUCUACGUCCACGAAAAGAUCUACGACGAAUUCCUCGACAAGCUAGUCACAUUCGUGAAAACAUUGAAGGUGGGCGAAGGCACCGAAUCAGACGUCUUCUUCGGACCCGUCCAGAAUGAAAUGCAAUUCAAAAAAGCCAAAGAUCUCUUCAGCUCGAUCACAACGGAGAAUCUCAAGGCUGCCCUAGGUGGAUCCAUCGAAUCGUCCCCUGGAUAUUUCAUUCACCCCACUAUCAUCGAUAAUCCCCCCGAAUUAUCGCGAGUCGUGCAAGAGGAGGCUUUCGCGCCUAUUCUACCUAUUAUGAAAUGGUCCGAUGAGGAUGACGUGGUUGAGCGUGCGAAUGCGUUGGAGACUGGCUUGGGGUCGUCGGUUUGGUCGAAGGAUUUCGAGAGGGCUACUCGCAUUGCGGAUCAGCUUCAGUCUGGCUCUGUUUGGGUUAAUAACCACUUUGAUCUCUUGCCUACUGCGCCGUUUGGUGGGCAUAAGCAGAGUGGUUUGGGUGUUGAAUGGGGUUUGACUGGGUUGCUUGGGUAUUGUAAUUCGCAGACUCAGUGGCUUAAGAAGAGCUUUUAG